GAAGUCAGUCCAUCCUAAACACAGAUGAAUGAGGAAGAGCCAAGGAAGUCUGUGAGGGUAAUGGUGUUUUACAAAGCUGGCUUUAGGUCUCCUGCCUGUUUAGUUUGCUUAUAACUAAAAUCAUGACAAGACUGGGCACUUCUUUCUGGAUUGUACUGUUGCUCCAUGCAGGAGACUGCAGUGAGGAGAAUAUUAAUGGUUGUGAUAUGAACCCGUGCAUGAAUGGUGGCGUGUGCGAGAAUCAGGAUGGACAAUACAAAUGUCACUGUUCCCAAAUGAGCUAUAAUGGACACCUCUAUGGAGGGCCAUACUGCACGGUAAUCCUGCUCGGCUGUGAACGUCACUGGUGCCAGAACGGUGCCACUUGCUAUCCGUACCUGGACAAAGGACGGCAUCGAUACAGCUGCAUCUGCCCUGAGGGUUGCACUGGAACAAAAUGCCAGACGUCCACCGCCUUCUCCUUUGAAGAAAGUGGAUUCAUGCAGGUCCAAACCAAACUCACUAAUGCUUUCGAACCUUUGAAUGUCACUCUGAGUUUCCGCACGUUGCAGGCAGCGGCCACUCUGCUCCAGUGCCAUGUUGAAGAUCAGUUUCUUAUGCUGGAGUUAGUGGAUGGAAGAGUACGGCAUACAUUGCAGCGAGCCCAGGACACUGAAAGCGUUUUUCUAGAGCUCCCGCCGAUGGUCUCUGAUGGCCACUGGCACACGGUCAAGGCCUCGCUGCGCAACAACAUGCUCGGGCUGAGUCUUACAGACCCUUCUUGCCUUGAGGACACGUGUCGUAUGGAAGUACAGAUUGAUCGAGCAGAGCCCGACCUGGGUUCAGGUCUGUCUGAGUUAACUGUGAUCCAGAAUCUCUACAUAGGUGGAAGAGGAGAGAACGAGACUGCUUCAGGCUUUUUGGGAUGUAUGAGGGAUGUGUGGUUGGAUUCACUCAUCGUGGUGCCUGGACUGGGGCUGAGGAGUCCUGCUAAGCAACUUAACGUGAAACAGGGCUGCAGUGACUGGGACCGCUGCAAGGAAAACCCAUGCCAGAACAGAGGCAGAUGUGUUAAGACUGGAUGGAGAAGCUUUAGCUGCGAAUGCCAUCGGCCUUAUGAGGGCGAGCACUGUUUAGAUGAGUAUGUAGCUGCAAGGUUUGGAAGUGAAGAUCUGGAGAGCUAUGCUGUGUUCACGGUGGAAGACGAUCCAGGUGACAGUAACACCGUGUCCAUGUUCGUUCGCACGCGCCGCUCACAGGGCUUGCUCCUGGUCCUCUCCAACACCACCAGUCAGUAUCUGCGUGUCUGGUUAGAGGACGGAAUGGUCAAAGUUCAAAUCAACAACUUUGAAAGCCUGCUAGGAUCGGAAACAGUCAGUGAUGGUCAUUUUCAUCUCAUAACUGUGCUUGUGGAGCCAGAAUCCCUGUCCCUGUUUAUGUCUGCUAAGAGCCAAGGCCGCAUCCCCAUCCGCAGUGUGCUGGUCCAGGCUGGAGAUGCGGUGUAUGUGGGGGGUUUACCAGACCGCCGUGCAUCGCUAGCCUUCGGCGGCUACUUUAAGGGCUGUAUCCAAGACCUCCGUAUAAACAGCAGACGCCUGCAGUUCUACCCCGUCAGUGUCCCGGCGAGCUCCUACCGGCUCCAGAGCUUGAUGAAAGUCACGCGUGGCUGUACUGGCGACGACUCCUGCACUAAUAAUCCCUGCUUGCAUGGAGGUGUGUGUUACUCCAUGUGGGAUGAUUUCACGUGCAGCUGCCCACCCAAUACAGCGGGACAGCGCUGUGAGGAGGUCAGGUGGUGUGAGCUGUCUCCAUGUCCGUCCUCUGCCGUGUGUCAAGCCCACACUCAGGGCUUUGAAUUUCAGUUGUAUAAUUGA